AUGAGUGUGAAUAAUGUAGAUGAUAACGGGAAUCCGGUGGUAGAUUUGAACAGUGCCACUUCUGCUUCGAUAUUACAGAACAUGGAUAAUGUGAAUUAUAAUAAGAAGAUGUAUGUAAAUGUGAUGGAUAAAAUAUCGUUAAUGAGUGGUACAGUGACUGGGAUUUUGCAAUAUGAGUCUCUUACCGGAUUCCGUAAUUUUUUCAUAAUAUAUUUUGGGUGCAUUAUUAUCUAUAUCCUUUUCAUUUGUAAGGGGAAGCCCUCCAGAUUUUAUGCUAAUGUAUUUAAUGAUUUGGUAUUUGAACAUCUUGUCAGAGAACUACUUGGAUUUGUGAUGGCUUGGACUUUUAGUUUUGCAUUGGUUGGUUAG